AUGAGUAAAUUGACCUCUCUAAAUUUGUCACAUGUGGAUGUGGCAGAAAAUGAAGAAUUGGAUUUGACAAAUUUUUCACACUGUGACACGAUGAAAAAUUUGAAAUCUUUAAACUUGUAUGCGUGUCGAGUACCAAUUUCUUCAUUGCAAUCAUUGUUUACAAGUGAAAAGAUGAAGAAUUUGUCAGAAUUGAUCGUUUCAACACCAUAUUUUAAAUCUGACGACUUUAUUCGAGGCUUUGCUCAAUUACUGACUUUACAAAAUUCUUAUUUGAAACAUUUAACAAUUCUAGAUGUUUGUUUCAUGCCUCUGGAAGGUUCUCAAAUUCAUUCACUGAUUUCUAGUGAAAAUUUACAACACUUGACCUGUCUAAAGUGUUCCAGAAGUUUGUUGGAUGAUUUUGGAGUCACUAAAAUAGCAACAAGUCAUUACAUGCGAAAUUUGAGAGAGUUGACAUUGUGUGGAAAUUUAUUUGGAAAUGAUGGAUUGAAGGCCAUAACCACUAGUGAAUGGAUGAGUCAAUUAACAUCAUUGAGAGCAAGUGAUAACAAGAAGAUUACUGCUCAGGGAGCACAUGAUCUUGCAUCGAGUCCUUUCAUGAAAAAUUUAACAUGCCUUCGCUUGUCACGCUGUUCAGAAAUUGGACAUGAAGGAAUUUCUUUUAUUGCAUCGAGUGAAUAUCUUCAUCAACUUACGGAUCUCUCGCUUAGUUACAUCCAUUGUGGAAACGAAGGAGUUUUCCAUAUUGCAACUUCUGAAACACUCAAUCCAUUGAAACGUCUUUCAUUGAAAGGAAAUGAUAUUCAAGAUUUGGCCAUUCAAGUGCUUUCACAAAGUCCAACCAUGAAAAAUCUCACUUCAUUGAAACUAUCUGGAAAUUUGAUUGGAAAAGAGUCGAUAGAAGUUCUUGCUGCUCCAACUUCACACCUGAAUCGACUCGUCACUCUUGAACUCAGUUUAAACAAUGGUUUAUUUUCAACUCCAGAAGUAAUGCAAAUGUUCGUGAAUAGCAGAAAUAUGCACCAUGUCACUUGUUUGAAUUUACGAGAGACAAUUCCAAGAAGAAGAAGAAGUGAAGAUGCAUUGGAAGGACACGAAUGCAUUCGUCCACUUUUUACUUUUUUGGAAACAAGUCGAAACAUGUUAGGAAAUCUUACCGUGUUGAAUUUAAAUGGAAAUCAUAUUGGAGAUGAAGGAGUGAAAAUUAUUUCACAACAAUGUGAGCAUUGGAGUUAUCAUCGUCUCACUUCUCUCGAUUUGACCAACAACAACAUCACUUCGAAGGGAGUGAAUUUCAUGACAGCAAGUUCAAAUUUUUUGAAUCUUUUCGAAUUAAUACUCGAUGACAACGAUAUGGACGAUGCAAGUGCCAUCAUUAUUGCCAAUUCACACUCUUUCAAAAAUCUCACUACUCUCAGUGUGCACGGCAAUCGAAUUGGAAAAGAAGGAAAAGAAGCAUUGACUCAACUUGCAUCGCAACAAAUGCCAAAAUUGAUUCGAUUGAUUCUCUCUUGGCAUUCUAGUCCUAAAGUUGUGAGAAAGUAUCUGUAA